AUGUCUUGGGCAGGCCCAAACGGCAACAGCAACCCUUUCCCCCGACCCGGCGGUCCCCAGCAGUUCUGGAGCUGGGUCAACUCUGAUCCCAACGCCCGCGCCGGAGCUGGCAUCGACCACGCCGGCCCCUGGGGCGGCCCUGGCUUCCCCUUCCACGGCGCUGAGUUCAGCUUUGGCGGUCCCGGUGGAUGGGGUGCCUACGGCGGCUGGGGCGACCGACGAGGAGGACCAGGCCACCGCCGCGGCGGCGGACGAUGCGGCAGCAGAGGUCGCCAUGGCCGCCACGGACCCCGCCACGGUGACGAGAGCGACGAGACGCACGAGGACAUCAUGCGCGACAUCGACGACGCAGAAAUCUCCGACAAGGAGAAGGACGACUCCCCCGAGACCAUGAGAGACAGCCCCGACGAGGGCGGUCCCGAGCACGAGCACGGCCACCACCACGGUCCCGGCCGACGCGGAGGUCACGGACGCUUCGGCGGCCGUGGCGGCGGUGACCACUGGCGCCACAGUAGACACCACCACGGCCCCCGCGGUGCCCACCCUCCCCCGCCUCCACCGCCCCCCUUCGGCGCCGGCCCGCCUCCUCNNCCACCCUACGGCCACCCGCCCCCUCCUCCUCCCCCGGGCUUCGACUUCACCGGCUUCCUGAACCAAUUCGCCGGCCACCCCUUCGCCCAGCAGAUCCGCGACUGGGCUGCCCGCUUCGGAGGCCUCAACACCCCCCGCGGCGGUCCCGACUUUGGUGGCCCCGCCGGACCCAACGACGACUCCUCCUUCACUCCCCCUGUCGACGUCUUCGCUACCGAGAGAUCGUACGUGCUGCACUUCGCCCUGCCCGGAGCCAAGAAGGAGGACAUCGGCGUCGACUGGGACGCUGACAAGGGCGAGCUCCGCGUCGCGGGCGUCGUCUACCGCCCGGGCGACGAGGACUUCCUCGCCACCAUGGCCUCGAGCGAGCGCCGGGUCGGCAUGUUCGCCCGCUCCGUCCCGCUCCCGCCCGCGGGCGCCGAGAGGGAAGAGAUUGACGCGCUGUCGAUCACGGCUAAAAUGGAGGAUGGCGUGCUCAUCGUCACCGUCCCCAAACUCGAGAAGGAGUGGACUGAGAUCCACAAGGUCGACAUCGAGUAA